AUUGCACUUUCGGGCCCCAGCCGCGCAGUUUCCAAGAGCUUCUGCUUGAUGAAGGGCGUUGUCGGUAGCAACAAGGUGCUCUGGCGCGGCAAGUCGGUGACCCUCCACGAUAUUCGCGUCUACAAGCUCAUUAGCCGGAUCCCAGCAGGCAAGGUCGCCACGUAUGGCAGCGUCGCCAAGGCGAUCCAGUCGGGCCCGCGCGGCGUCGGCCAGGCGCUUCGGCGCAAUCCAUUUGCGCCCGACGUGCCUUGCCACCGCGUAGUGAGUGCGACGCGGUGCUUGCACGGCUUUCGCGGGUCGCUCGACCCGACGUGCCACGAUCUGCAGGACAAGCACGCGUUGCUCGUGGGCGAAGGCGUCUCGAUCGUCGACCACAAGGUCGAUGUUGGUUGCAUGUACAUGUUCACGCCCGACGAUGUCGCGUCGCUGCAAGACGAUGCGAUCGAUACGUGUCACUAGCACGCUUUGAUAAGUGCAAGAACCUUUUGCAUCCACAA